GUUCGUCCACUCACCUAAAAUGGCGUCGAGUGACGUGAGGAUUAUGCUGCUGGGGAAGAACAGCCAGGAGAACAGAAGAGUGGGAAACUUCAUCCUGAGAAGCAAAGCUUUUAAUACUGAAGCUCCUCUUAGUUCAGUAGAGCAGUACAGUGAAAAAGCCAGAGAAAAAGCGGAAGGAAGGGACAUCACACUCAUCAACACACCUCAGCUGUUUGAUACUGAACUCUCUGAUGAGGAGCUGAGUCAGAGAGUGAAAGAGUGCAUGACUCUUUGUGAUCCUGGACCUCACGUUAUAAUGCUGGUCAUACAGCCAGGAGAUUUCACUGAGGCAGACAGAAACCAACUGAAUCACAUCUUCAGAUAUUUAUCUGAUGACGCCCUUAAAUACACCAUGGUACUGACAACAGAAAAGCCACAGUCAGGCAGCAGUGUAGAUCCAGGUGAAGAGAGCGGCUCUGAGGAGAUUAUAGAAAGGAUUAAGUGGUAUUUUGACCUUGAAAGUGAAAGCAGUCAUUCUGCUCUUAUGGAGAAGAUGGAGAAGAUGAUUAAAGAGAAUGGAGGGGAUCACUUUCAGUGGGAGGAAUUCAUGAUGGCUCAACUUGCAACAGAACAACUACAGGAACAAACAGCAGCUCAGAAAAAACCUGAACAAACGGUGGGGAAAAACAUUCCACAUAAAGACAGCAGACAGCAGAAGGAAACAUCAGGAAGACCUUGGAAUCCAAUCUCUCAUUUUUGAAAACAACAUGACAGUGUGGUGCCUCAGAGGUUGAACUUGGUGCUGUGUGGCAGUGAUGGAGCACUGAAGGCCUUCAUAUCAGAUCUCAUUCUCGGCCCAAGCCAGCGCAGUUCAGCACCCAGCUCAGAGUGCGUG